AGAGAAUCCAUCACACUCACUCCUCUCCUACCUAAUCCUCCUACUCCUGCCAUCAUGUACUACACCAACUUUGAGGGCUCUGUCUUCCCAGGGUGCUACUGGGGCAGCUAUGGCUACCCUCUGGGCUACAGUGUUGGCUGUGGCUUUGGAAGCACCUACUCUCCAGUGGGCUAUGGCCUUGGCUAUGGCUACAAUGGCUGUGGGGCUUACAGAAGAUACUGGCCAUUUGCUCUCUACUGACUUGCUGGCGUAGAGUCCUCUCUCUGUGAAGGCUGAAUGGCACCUGCAGGUUCCAGUUUUCCUCCAUUUAUCUUCAUUUGCUCAUCAACCUCUCCCAAAGAAGCUAUUUUCCAGAUCUUACAACUGAGGCUCAAACAAAGGAACUGAAAAUCUAGAUGAUGCCUUUAAGCUGUGUUUCCUGGGCGCUGUUUAUUGGGACUUUUUCAGAAGCUUGGCAACCAUUGUGACAUGCAUUGCUUUUGAAUCUUUCCAAGACUCUCAUGAUUCCCUGUCAUGGUGAAGUUGUGGACGUGUCUGUCAAAUUCUCAAUAAAUUUGUCUCAGUUCACAUAA